AAGUAGGCUUGGCUACUUUGUGGGAGACGUAAGUCAGUGAGUGACACAGUGCUGGUUGGGUUGAGAGUAGGGCUGUUGUCAUUGAUUAGACUACAAAAUAUGUCAAAAUACCCAUGUGAAUAGUCCAUUGUACCUAAUUUUUUGUUUAUUUAUAAAUUAAAUCAUGACUUCAAUAGAAUGGCCAUGGCAAUACAAUUUUCCUCCGUUCUUUACUAUUCAACCCAACGAAGAAACUAGAAAGAGACAGUUGGAAGCGUGGAGGAAUCUCGUCUUGGAAUACCACCGCUCUACGAGACAGUACGUGCUAGACGUUAGAGAAGCUGAAAAGUCUCCAUUGUUUAACAACGCAUCCAUUAAUCGUAAAUUGUCCUCCGAAGGUAUUCUAGCAGUUCUUGAAACUCUUCAAAGAAGUCGAAACGCCGAACCUAUCAACAAGGAAAAGACAAGGUGGUAUGUGUACUGGAACACGCUGGCAGAAUGGGGUGCACUGGUGUACGGUUGGGCACAAGACAGCGGUCUCACCAACUCUGUCUGUACAUUCUAUGAGAUUAUCAACACGCCUGACCAAGAAUUUACUGGAAUGGAGAUGGGUGUGCUGGUCAAGGCACUGAAGACGCUGGAGGGAGAAAACAAAGCUGAACUCAUCAUGUUUGAUGGUAACAACGGUGUCAAGUUUUUCUGAAUCGCUCUGAAUUGUAUUUUAUGAGCUUCAGCCAUCACACACAUUGUGUGUGACUAAGGAUGAAACAGCAUUUCAUUAUAUUUUGAAAUUACUAGUCAUUCCAGUUAAUGUUGAUGGAUGAGGUAAAAUGCUAUAGCAUAAUCGUUAAUGGACAGUAAAGUGCCUUAUAUCAGGUGCUAAACUGAGUUGUAAUGCAAUUUUUAAUUUUAGUGCAUUUAAAUUAGUUCUGGAUUAAUGUAUGUCAUAAUUUAUUUGUUGUUAAUAAAACAAUCUAUUGAUAGGUGCGUUUAUAAUUUUUUUACAUGGCAAACAAUAUGAAUUUGGUGUAUUAGUUCAGUCUAAUAAUAUUUUUAUCUUACUGAAACUAUAAUUUGUGGAUAUCUAAUUGAAAAAUAAAAUGUUAUCAUUGUAGGUUGAA